AUGUUCCUGGCGGUGGUGCACGAGCUUGAGCAGCACCACCUCUACCUUCGGACCGCACCAUGGAAGGCUGCUUGCCUCAUCGCCCCAGCCGAUGACCCCGAGACAAAGGCCCGGGUCUUGAAGGAACUCGAGGCCGAGUGGACAAUGGUCGUGAGCUUGGAGGCUCAUCCGGCAUCGGCGGCCGAGCUGCAGCAACACUGUGGGUUCACGGUUUUCCAGAAUUACAGAGAGGUGAUGACAGUCUGCGAGAAGCAUGGAUGGAAGGAGCACGACGAGGUUGCGAGCAUCAUGAGAUGUUGGUUCCCGGAGGUUGCUUGGUCAAGCAACGUCGAAUCUCUGUUUUCUGAGAUGUCGGCGGCCGUGAAAAAAAGUGGGCAAAGUGACUUGGGCUCCGUGGCCAACCUCAUGAGUGUCGGCAUCAGAGGCUUGACUCGUCGCAUUUGCAUCCAAGAGGAUGCUCCUCAGUCUUUGAAACUUGACAAAGACGAUUGGUCCGGUCAGCAGGUGUCAGGAUUGAAAAGCAAGAUUUUCACUCCUUCCUCCUCCCCUGCCUGCCGGCACGUGUCUUUCGACAACAUCGUGAAGCCUUUUCCAAGCACAUCGCCCUUCUUCCACCAGAACCACUGUUGCAACUACAUGGGAGGGCUUGGCAAGAACCCCAUGGAUGCUGCCCAAAACUUCUGGGUUCCCGAUGUGUUCAGUGCUGCCAUGCUUUUCCGGCACAACGAUGUCUACUAUUUGUCGACAGGGCGAACACCUGCUUUGCUGUACGCUGUCCGGCUGAAGGAGUUGCCGUAUGUUUUCACUGGUGGCCUCCCGAAGGAAGAAACCGACGAGACAAGAAUCCCCGUCAACGGCACAAACCAGGAUGAAUUGGAAGAUCCGCUGUGCGACGGGGAAUCCACGAAAGUCCUGGCACUGCUGAUCGGAAGGAGCCUGGUUUCCACGCUUUUGGUUUCGGCUGAAGAGGUGAAAAUUUUCGAUUACACUAUCCAUGUGGCCGAACAGACCCUCGAAGCGAAGUGUGGCAGCAACCUGCUGCUGAGGCGAGGAACCCGAAAGUUUUCCUUGCUUGGAUGGCUGGUGGAGAAAGGGGGCAUCUUGAAAGCGCGAGUGAGCUCCUUGAUGGACCUCAUGGACAGCAUGGGCAUCGGAAUGGCCAAAAAUUCUACGAAAGCUCAGCGAAUCCGGAAGAUCUUGGCAUUGAGCUCUGUGCGACAAGAGUGCUCCCAAGCCAGCAUCGACCGCAUUCUGAAAGAUUUGGAGCACCAGGAGGCAAAAAGAAAAGCGAAGGAUGACAAGCAGGCGGUGCCGGAGCCUGCCAGGGAUGAGGAAGAGAUCAUCUGGGAGGAGCUCGAAGAUGAUCCCGCAGCGAGAGCUUGCCGGGAGCUCUUGCAAGGGCAAGAUGAGGAGGAGGAGGAGGAAACAGUCGGGGACGAGCCAGCUGGCCAGGAGGCGCUUCCUGGUGGACAGGCUGGGGAGGCAUCAAGAGCAUCUCGUGCUAUGCUUUCGGCAUCGACGAGUCUACCAGAAGAUCUUCUACGCCUGAUGCCUUUGCCUGCGGGCACAUCCAUGAACAAAGUCGUUCAUUCAGAUCGGAAUUCCUGUGCAGCAUCCUUUAAUCCGGAUCUUCCUCGCGACACCUACGAUCGCCGAAAGAAAACAUUGAAGAGUGUGACCGCUGCAAAGCGGUCUGAAUCCCAGGCCUUUUAUAUAGUAUGGGUGUGGCUGUGUUCAGCCACAGAGGAAAGACCUGCCAAGAGAAGGCGGUGCUGA